AUGAUGAAGCUUCCUCAGAGCUACAGAGAUCCGAAGAUCUUCAAUAACAAAUAUAUCAUUAAACAAUAGAUUUCCUCUGGAUCCUUUGGUAUAGUGUAUUUGGCAUUCGAUAAACAUACAAGAGAGGAAGUUGCUGUUAAGGUGGAGAAGGAGGAGAAUGAGGAUGCGAGUUCUCUAGACAGGGAAAUUACCAUUCUCAAUCGUCUCGUUGGAGUGCCUGGAGUUCCUAAAUUAUAUUGGAGUGGUUUUGAAUAAGAUUAUAAUGUGAUUGUCAUCCAACUACUUGGGAAGGAUCUGAGCCAUUACAUUAAACAAUACAAGAAAUUGAGUCUCAAGUCUGUGUUGCAAAUAACUCAAUAGCUCUUGGGUACUCUACAACAAGUUCAUGAAAGAGGGGUCAUUCAUAGGGAUUUCAAACCUGAAAACAUACUCACUGGGUAUCAGUUGGACAACGGUAUCAUCUACUUGGUUGAUUAUGGAGUCUCGAAAGUCUAUCUGGACACUCAAGGAAAACAUAUGUAUAAUUUCAAAUUCUAAUGUUAUCAAGUCCUCCUAAAGACAAGAAGUCCUUUAUAGGUACUACUAGAUAUGCCUCAAUUGCUGCCCAUCGAGGUCAUGAGUUAGGGAGAAAGGAUGAUGUUGAGUCGAUGUUCUAUGUGAUGAUUUAUCUCUUAAAAGGGUAGAGUGCACUUUUCAUAUUAUAGCAAAUUGCCUUGGUAAAAUUUACAAAAUAUUGGACAUAGAGACAGAACUUCAUUGGUUGGAGAGGUCAAAAUGAAAACUGAAGUAGCAGAACUCUGUAAAGACAUUCCUUCUGAAUUUGCUGAAAUUCUGAAGUAACAGCCUACUAAAACAUAGUUAUCUGAAAAAAUUAGAAUUCAAAUCAGAGCCCGACUAUAAGUAUAUGAAAUCUCUCAUUCUUAAAGCUGCAUCCAAUAACCAAAUUAUUAUGGAUAAGGUUUUUGAAUGGUCUGAUCGUUCUACCAAGAUUAAGGACUAAAUUAUCUGGGCUGUCUCUGAAGACAAGCACAAACCCUCCUCUCAAGCUAUCUUAGGUUCAAAUCAUUUGUUGAAGCCUCCCGAAGCUAACAGAUAAAAUGGAGGCAGUCCCGUCAGAGCUGAAUCCAAACAUCUGACCAGCACUUCAAUUUAGGGGUCCUUGUCCUCCAUGAUGAUUAAGUACGUGCCUUCUUAGGUCGAGAAUGGCAGCAUCAAGGACGACAAGAGGUCGAGGAGCAAGAAGAGCAGGAAGAGCAAAAAGAGUGCCAAAUCCUCAAAACGGUAGUCAGUAGUGUUCCACAGUGGAAUACAAAUAAUCGAACCCAAGGAUUAAUUCAGAGUAACAUUAAUGAACCUUAUUCUCAGCGCCAUAAAACCAUCGAUUCGACCUGGGGAUUUCACUAAUACAUGGAUGAAUUUAGUGGAGAUGAAGACUCUUAGAAAUUGUCAACAAAGUACCAAUAAUUGCAAGGCAUGCCAGUCCAUUUUAAACAAAUUCACAAACCUACUUCCAAAUCAUGA